AUGGAGACAGAGACAGGAAAGAUUAACGUCCUUGUCUACGGCCUAGGAGCCAUCGGCUCCUUCUACGCCUUCAUCCUGCACCGCACCAACCGCGUCCGCCUAACAGUCGUCGCUCGAUCAAACUACGAAGCUGUCGUCAAAAAUGGCAUCUACAUCGACAGCGCCAACCACGGCCAGCACCGCUUCCAUCCUGAUCUAGUGGUCAAAUCACCUGCUGAAAUAACGCAUCCAUAUCACUACAUCGUCUGCGCGAACAAGGCCAUUGACCAGGACGCCGUUGCGGCGCAAUUGGCCCCAGCCGUGGACGAGAACACCACGUUCGUGAUCAUCCAGAACGGAGUGGGCAAUGAGGAGCCCUUCCGACGGGCGUUUCCCGCUUGCUCAAUACUUACUUGUGUGACAUGGGUAGGCGCAACGCAGACCUCACCGGGUGUCAUCACGCACAUCAAAUCCGAGGAUCUGCAGAUUGGGCUCUUCCCGAAUGCGUCUCUGGAUGGCUCGGUUGAGAAGGCCCGUCUGGACGAGUUCACGUCCUUCCUGACGGCCGGGGGAACGAAGUUCCAGGUUGUGGAGAAUAUGCAGCUUCCCCGGUGGGAGAAGGUCGUGUGGAAUGCCGCGUGGAACUCCAUCACUGCGCUGACGAUGGUUGAUACGCAGACGUGGUUGACUUCGUCUGUGGAGGCGACGCCGUUGACCAGACGCCUGAUGCGGGAAGUGAUUGCUGUUGGGAGGGGGUGUGGGGUAGAUCUUGAUGAGGGGUUGGUGGACCGGUUGAUGGACAAGAUCAAUGCGUUGCCGGGGAUCGGGAGUAGUAUGCAGGUUGACUGUCGGAAUGGGAGGCCGAUGGAGAUUGAGGUGAUACUGGGGGUUCCGUUGCGCAGGGCGAAGGAGUUGGGGAUUGAUACCCCGGUUUUGGAGACGUUGACGUGUUUGCUACGCGCGGUGGAUGGGCGGUUUCGUUGA